GUUAUAUCGAAUCGAUUAAUUCGAAUUAUUAGGUUUUUAUUAAGAAAAUGUCGACUUCAAGUUUUACAACAGCCGCUACAAGCUAUAAAAGCGGAAUAAGCUAUCGAACAAGAUUAUCAGUCUCCUUGAAAUCCGCCAAUGAAGACCAGCUCGUGGAAGAAAUGGGCGUUGAAUCACAUGAGGAGGAAUCUUCGGUACCUUGCGAAAGAGAGAGAGAAACCGAAAUCAAGGACCCGACUCCGAAGCAAAUCCUCGAAAUGUUCCAAUGGAACGGCGAGAACUUGUACGAGCACCUCAAGAAGUUGAUCGACGAUUUGAUCUCGAAGAGGCCGGACAACGUUAUAUCCUACUUCGAUCAGUACAGCCGGAACAUGAGGUUCAAGAAGCCCCAGUUCGACCCACUCUUGUUGCUACCGAACGCCGUCAAACUGGGGAAAAUGUACGGACUCAUAUAUCCGACGAAUGAAGCGGAAAACACUCUAAAAGCAAAAGUAAUAUUUCCAUGGGAUUACGUCUAUUACUUCGAGGAAAUGGGAAUCUCCUUGCCAAGAGAAGAACUUUAUCAAAUCACUCUCGCCUUGCGGAAAUUAGGUCUUAUUGAGGGCCUGUCUAAAAUCCGAUUUUGGGGAAAGAUUUUCGGAUUGGAACGCUCCUACAUUGUAGCCGAAUGCGAAAUGACUCAUGAUGAAAUCGUAAAUCGUAUAAAUAUGGAAAAGGAAGAGGGUGAAGAAGAAGAUGAGUCGGAAGAAGAAGAAGAAUCCAUAUUAUCCAACGUGGAUGAACCAUUCGGUCUCUCGGGCUUUUUUAAAAGAAAAGAAAAUGAUUACAUUGAAUCAAGGGAAGAAGGGGAAGAAGAGGAUGAAAUUAAACCACCUGUUUACAAAAAAUUAGACAGAUAUGUAAAACCACCCGUUCCUAGACCUGUUAAACUGAAACCAGUGAAGAUGGUACCCGAAAAAACAGGAGAAGGAGUAAACAAAAAGGCCUAUUAUGUCUGCCAUGAAGCAGGAGACGAAUGGAAUCUGCUCCCUAACGCGAAACCGGAAGACAUUAUUACAGCUAGGAAAAUAAGAAAAUAUUUUAAAGGAUAUCUGUUAUCGAAAGUGGAGAGUUAUCCACCGUUCAUCGGAACAGAGAGAGAAUUGCUGCGGGCGCAAAUAGCGAGGAUAACCGCCGGAACUCAGAUCUCGCCGCUGGGGUACUACCAGUUCGGCGGUGGUGAAGAGGACGAGGAUGCGGGGGAGGAAGUAGCCGAAGGCGACAUCGUGGCCAACCUCGACUACGAAGCCAUCCCUCCUCAGGAUCUCCUUAAGACUGAAUUCUGGGUCCAUCACGCCCAACACAUUCUCAGGAUCGGACGGACUACUUAUUUCAAGGCACCGCGAACGAAUGAAGAAGAAAUGGAGGAAGAAAUCCACGAGCAUGCUGGAAAAAAGAAAGAAGAAAUAGGCCCACCUCUGCUGACGCCGCUUUCGGAAGACGUGUCGAUGGAAAUGAUCCAACCGUGGGCAAUCAAGACUUCCUCGGCGCUGCUUCCGGCCACCGGGGUCAUCGCUGUCCGGUCCAACCUUUGGCCCGGGGCCUACGCCUUCGCCAAAGGCCGUAUUUUCGAAAACAUUUACAUCGGCUGGGGGAUGAAACUUUGCGUUGAAGGGUUCAAUCCCCACUACAUUCCCAAGCACCAAGUAGAGUACGAAGUCGGGCCGGAAAUAAUGGAAAUGCUGGAUCCGACACCGGAAAUGGAAGAUGAAUGGAGAGAAGCAAACAAACAGCGGCCAAUACCGAUCAUGACAGAAGAAGAGGGGAUGGGUGAUGCUGAUGAUGAAGAUGCAGAUACAUAAUAAAAAUUUAUAUUAACCUUUUAAUAAUCAAUUUGUACUUAAUUUGUAAAAUUUUGAUCAGAACAUUCACCACUUCGAAUAACCUCCCAAUAUCAC